GUGAUAUUUAAAGUACGUUCUCUUUGGGGUUUUGCUCACAAUAAACACUAUUUAAAUACAAAAAUGGCGAUAGAAGCAUAUUUUACGACAUGGCAUAUAGUUUACAUCGCAAUCAUCAUUCCGACUGUUCUUGGAAAUGGACUGAUACUUUACAGUGUGGUGACAUGCAAAAGCCUUCGUUGCAACAUGCAUAUACUUAUAGCCAAUCUGGCUGUUUCCGAUUUGACUGUAGGUGCUAUACUUAUUCCUUUAGAUAUGUUGGCGGAUAUAUUUCAAUGGAAAUAUAACAAAUACGUGUGUGUAACAACAUUAUCUCUAUUUGUAUUUAGCCUUGGUUCCUCGUGCUUCAAUCUGCUCAUAAUUUCAAUAGAACGUUUCAUAGCCAUAGUUUAUCCGUUUUCUGCUAAAUCACUUUUGUCGAAACCAAAAUUUGUUUUUAUGAUUACUUUCGGAUGGAUAAUAUCAAUAUUACAUAUUGCCACAUCAUUUAGUGGUAUUGGCAGUGAGACGAAUUUUACUGAAUGUUUAAACACGUCAGCUUGGUCAAAAGCAUAUCAAACGUACCUAGAUUGGAUUCUUGUGUUUGCAUUGGUUCUUAACGGUUUGUUUUACGUCAUAGUAAUGUGCAUUGCGUUGAAAAAGACACGCACAAGGACAAUAUCAGGAGGCCUCUUCUAUGUUCAUUUUAAAGCCAGGAAAGACGUUCAUCAGCUUAUAACAAUGGUGAUUGUUUUAGGAAUGUUUCUGGUAUGUUGGAUGCCUUAUGCGACUCUUGGAGUAAUUGUGACAUUUUGGGACACUGCGCACAAUCAAUUUAUAAAACGAUGCACCCUAAUACCGGGAUUCUUUAAUUCUGGCAUUAACUGGAUCAUUUAUGGAUACAGAAACAGAGAGUAUAAAAAAGCGUUUAAGAAAACACUGAGAUGUUGUCUAACCAUGAGAAGUAGCCAAAAGGAUGAUUAAUUUCAGCAACGCAUAAUUCAAUGACCACACAUUAACAACGUUAAUGUAAUCGGAGUUUAUAUAUGUCAGUACCAUCAAUUCACACCAUUACUCCACAGCUCGGAUGUAUAUAAUGUUUAGCCAAUCAAUUAACAAUUUCAUUUUUGGCUGCUGUUAAUAUAAUGUUUUCUUUACAUGUAAUUUUUAAAGUUUGUUUAUGUGUUAUCAGAUGUCGAAUGUUUCACUCUACUGAAUAUUGAUACACGCUUCUACUGUUUUACAUCACACAUUUGUGGUUUUACUUUUGGGCUCGCAACAACAAAAGUGAUUUAAAUUUUUUUACCGUAUGUCAUUUAAAAUACCACAUUUUUAUUACUAAG